AUGAUUACGGUGUCCCUUAUAUCCAGCCCAAUUAUUCAGCAGAAUAAUAACAGCAACAUUACUGAUGCGGGUCAGCACAUACUUACCAGAAUUAACCAAGCGCGAAAUUCGAAAGUAGAACUAGUAAUGACGACGAACCUCAACGAAACUGAAACCAACGAGAUAAGCAAGAAAAUUUUCGACAAUUUUUUAACGGCCACGGUCAAUUUUAAAAAUCAAACAUGCUUGACCCUCGCCGAACUAAGCAUGCGCGAUUGGAAUGAAAAGAAUUGUUACCAGGAUGACCUGCACGCUGAAGUGUUGAUCGGCGAGUUUGCGUUUUCCGAUAUAGGCUUUCACGCGUUAGACAUAACU